AUGCGAAUGGCAGAUUUACCAGACGCGCCGUGUAGACCUUUGCCGGUCUGCUCCAAACACCAGAGAAGGACUUGCUACGAGUGUUUGCACAGCUAUAAUUGCGACAACCAUGGGUGUCUUGUCGACGAGAAAGUAUUCGCAGCCGAUACAUGCAGAUUGCGGCUGCCCUUGCAAGGAGCGAACGCACUGUUUGUGCCCCAGUUGGACACCCACCUCGGACUAUGCGCAGGAAUUGGCAGUGGUAGCCCAGAAAGACCCCAGGUUGAGGAGCUGUAUAACGAGGAUGGCACGUUCACAUUGGUGACGCCACCAGCGAUGGCGCCUUCAGAAGAGUGGUUCCAUUAUUGUAAGGAGUGUGACCUUACCUGGCUCAUGGGUCAUGAUGGCCCGGCAGCAGCCAUGUCGCAUCCGUCUCACACAACGCUUCGCGAUAAGAGAACCCUCGUGCUCUGGGUAGCGGCUAGAGUAGCGGAAAAGGUUAACCAAUCUCGCAACCCCAUCGGCCUUGUGUCUUUUGGAUCAGAAUCUACGUUGAACCAGGUUCAACAGGUCUCGGCUUCUGACGGGCCAAGGGCAGAACAGGAUUCUCUGAUUGCAGCGGCAAUUAGUGGCCUUCAAAAGGCACGCACCUUUAUCCGGGAGCAGAGGAAAGCUAUCUUGGAAAAGUGUGUCAAGACCAACAGCCACUACUUCUCUAAGAUGGCAGAGACGUUUCGUGUUCUAGUUGUUGUUUCUGACCCCAAGCUUGUGGGCUUUGUUAGCAGCCUUAACAGUCACGUCACCUGGAAGCCGAUUACCAGGACGUACAGGACAAGGUUUGGUGAAGGGGUGCCUGCCAAUGCCCAGGCGGGUUCAUACGAAGAAAUGCAUUCUCUGGAAGUAGAGCUAGAGGCGCUUGCCGUUGCUGGCAUUUUUGUUAAAUGGUACCUGGUCCAUCCUUCCCUAAACAAAGCAGUGAUUCAGCUUGCUUCCAAAGAGACUGCAACAGAUACUUCCCCGCAGAUACUGAAUGAGAAGAUCAUGUUGGAACCCGAGAAAAAUUACAGGGCUGGCACUAGUAGGGACGCCAGAAAUACGACAGAAACGGACACGAUGAAUAAUGUUUACACGAGUGAUGGCUUGUUAACAGAGCGUCCCCCUAGCUCAGAAGGACACGUUCCUGUGCCAAAGUACACAGCACCGCGGCUUGAAUCGACACCUGUGACAUUAAUUCCCUUGAAAAGGAAACUGGACAGUGUGGAAACUGUUACGGCAGAUAACACUCCUAAAACUGGCACCCUCGAGACAUCUGGUAUGCCAUUUGCGGUUGCAAGCGCUAGUGGCGAGGUCGAAGAAAAGAUGUCGUUCUCAACUACGAACCCAGGAAAGAAACCAGGAAUAGACGCAGUUGCUGUGCAAUCGAAUCAGAUGGAACGCACAGAUACUAGCACACCUGAUAUCAUUGGACGUGACGCUGGUCAGCUGCAGGAACAAACUUCCGACCAGGAAGAGGCAACAACAACAGACCCGAAGCCGACUUUCCCUUCAUCUCCGAAACUUACUACGAGCGCUUGGGAGACUGCAUAG